GUGACACUGACACUGGACGAGGAAGGUCGCUGCUCCUCGCUCUCUCUAUAAUAUUCAUUAAUCUUCAAGAUGCCUUGGAGAGGCGAGACUGAUGGACUGAAGCCUCCAGCUAGGAUAGACGUGGGUUCCAGAGGCGCACCAAUUGACCUGGAUACCAACUUCUUCCCUGUAACUGUCAGAAACAAGAAAGCACUUAUAGUGCACUAUGAAGUCUGUCUCAGAAGACACACCAAAGAGGCAAUUCUUCCUCGAAGAAUGAAAAUGGAGAUAUUUGAAAAAAUGAAGAAGAUAUAUCAACAUGCAUUCAAGAAAUGCCCGCUGGCCUAUGACUCAGAAAAGAACGCCUACAGUGUAGGCCUAUUACCUGUGUUUGAAAAAGUAAAGGGACGUAAGGAAUUUGAGGUGGACAUUGAGGAUUUUGAUGGUAAGAUGACACGGUUCACAAUGUCUCUGAUGGUGAAAAACACUGCUAACUUAGAGGAACUUAUGGAAGCUCUACACUACACUGGCGGCAGACAGAAGUCUCUUCCAACUUCAUUGUUCCAGAUGAUUGAGGUAAUGUUCCGACAUUAUCGUGCCAUCAAAUACGAACUAGUUGGACGUCGCAACUUCUUCCCAACAAGUGGAGAAUUUGGGAACCCAUAUCCAAUUGGUUGUGGCAAAGUUGGCGUUGUUGGCUUCUUCGGAUCAUUGAGACCAGCUUCUUGGAAGGAUGGAUCUCUCCUACUGAACCUUGAUGUUGCACAUACAGCUUUCUAUAUGGAACAACCUCUAUUGGACUUCAUAGAAGCGUUUAUGAACUUUAAGGACGAAGAUUUCCACAGACCUUUAGUGCCAUUUAAACGCUCAAGGCUUGUAAGAGAACUGAAUAAUUUGAGGGUUCAGGUAACACACAGCAACAUCCCUCGAACUUACAAAAUCAUUGAUGUGUCUCCACUAGGCUCCAACAAACAAACUUUUCCUCUUAAGGAUGAGGAUACAGGAAAUACAUUUCAGUGCACCAUAGAAAACUACUUCAGAAACACUUUUGGUCGGAAACUUAAAUUUCCAAGGUUAAAUUGCAUUCAAGUUGCACCAGCUGAUAGGAAUGUGUUUCUACCAAUUGAGUGUUGCAAGAUUUGUAAAGGUCAGAGAGUGAACAGGAAACUUAGUGACAAAGAGACGGCACAGUUUAUCAGGACAACAGCUGUGCCUCCUGCAACAAGGAAGAUGCAGAUAUGCAACAUUCAUCGCAGCAAUGACUUUACUGAUGAUCCAAUGCUGGAAAACUUAAAGUUCGCCAUUGCAGAUACUCCUCUACAAAUGAAAGGGCGAAUUUUACCAGUACCGGAGUUAAUGAUGGAUCAGCCAGUAAUUCCAAAAGAAGGUGUAUGGGAUAUUAAAAGGAGAUCGUUUUAUCGUGGAUCAGAAAUCAGGAGCUGGGCAGUGCUAAACUACAACGUUAGAAAUGUUAAUGAUUACCAGGUUAAUGAUUUUAUCAAGAAGAUGGUUCAGAUGUCUCGUGAGCGAGGAAUGACCUUCCAUCGACCACACAGUGUUACUAGUAGCCAGAAACCCAACCCUGAGCAAGAUAUACACACACUAAAGAAGACCUAUCCUGAUAUACAGAUGAUUCUGAUUGUCCUAGGAAGGGGUGAUGACCUCUAUGCCCGAGUGAAGAGGAUAGGUGACAUUGAAGUUGGGGUCUUGACACAGUGCAUCCAAGCAGUAAAUGUUACUCAAGUGAAAAUACCAACACUAGCAAAUAUACUACUCAAAAUAAAUGCUAAGAUGGGAGGCAUAAAUAAUGUCAUUUCAAAGACUGGAAAUCCAGUGAUUUUAGAGAGACCUGUUAUGAUCAUGGGAGCAGAUGUAAACCACCCUUCAGCUGGUGACACAAUAUCUCCCUCCAUGGCUGCAGUUGUGGCCUCCUUUGAUAGAUUUGCUUCAAGAUAUGCAGUAGAAGUGAGACCUCAACAACACCGGGUAGAAAUUAUUCAAGACCUCAAGAAUAUGACCAGAAACCUGUUGAUAGCUUUUCAUCACAAUACCAGAGGAUGUAAGCCAGAACGGAUUGUUAUGUACCGUGACGGUGUUAGUGAGUCGCAGUUUAUGGAGGUACUGGCUUAUGAGAUGAAAGCCAUGCGUGCUGCAUGUUCUGAACUUGACCAAAACUAUCAGCCAGGCAUCACUUUCCUAGUGGUUCAGAAACGACACCAUACAAGGUUGUUUUGCAGUGACAAAGAUGGUGUUGGAAAGUGUAAGAACGUUCCACCUGGCACUGUAGUGGAUACAGCAAUAACUCAUCCAAAUGAGAGAGAUUUCUAUCUUUGCUCUCAUAAAGGUAUUCAAGGAACCAGCAAACCAACUCAUUAUCACGUACUGUGGGAUGACAAUGAUAUUACUAUGGAUGACUUGCAGACACUUACGUACAGUCUGUGUCACUUGUACUCGCGUUGCACAAGAUCAGUUUCUCUCCCAAGCCCCGCAUACUAUGCCCAUUUGGCUGCUUUUAGGGCCAAAGUACACAUCUCAGACCUGUUUGAAACAGAUGAGGAGUCCAAGGAUGCUGUGACACAAGCAGAAGUAAGAGAGGCUGCCACAGUUGAAAGUAAGGACUCCCUCUCAAAGAAAUUCUAUUAUGUGUAAUGGCUCAGAUGAAUUCAGUAUCAGUCAGUCAAUUUAAUCAUAUUGAAUCUUGGAUAAAUAACUCAAAGUUUAUAUUUACUUAAGGAAAUACUGUUUUCAGUUUAAUUAUUGAAUUAGCUUAUAUGUGGAGAUAUAUUAGAGCUUAAGACUGCAUGCACCAAACUGGUUAUUUAUUAACAGUAAAGUUUAUUUUUUCUUCUGAAGUGUAUUUAGGUAAUUUUUAAGAAAACAGAUACACAGAUUUAUCCUUUUGUACUUACUGCUUUAUUCUAAAUAUGUUUUUUGUAUUGUAUAAAUAGAUAUGAUACUGUAUUAAUGUAUAUUUUUGUGACUGAAAUAGCACACUGCUUGACUUACUUCUUCAAUGAUAAGUAAUUAUGUUUCAAGGUGUUUAUUAGAGUGGAUAUACCAACAGCAGCCUUUGUUGAACACUGCUACUGCUCAAAUAUACCAAAACCUUUACGAUUAUUUCAAAUAUACUCUUGAUUAUUUCAAAUAUACUCUUAAUUAUUUUAAAUAUACUUUUAUUUCAAAUAUACUCUGAU